GUGAAGCGCCACGACAAACAGACAAGUUCAUAACGGAGAUGGAGAGGAAGAUAUUCUGAUUACGGCCGGGUUCGGGUCGUAGAAGUUUCGGGAAACAUAAAAGGACAAAACGCUCAGAAGCGAGAAGCCUCCGGGAGGAAGAAAAAAAUAGCAGUGACAUUUGAAAGCACGGUAUUAAAUGCACAGUGACGAUAGGUAGAAGGAACAGCUAAUAAGGCACAUACUUAACCCACUUGUCUCACGGUCAAUGUUAUAAUCACCAGUCGCGUUUCCUAGCAGAUUGUUUUGCCCUCGCUGUAUAUCCUCCCUGUUUGCUUUUUAACUUAGCCUUGCAGCCGUUUCCAACCCCUCCCCACCUGUCUGUGUGUCCGCUGCUCAUUUUGAAGUGAAUUGUUGUUUGGAUUGGUUUGGAGCUAGAUACUUUCUGUCUGAACGCUCAGCUCCCACGAUCCCUUGCAGAGUUGUGUCUCUCCUCCUCUCCGCUUUAUUGGAGUAAGUCGAUGUGAGACGUGAAGAUCAUGUUGAGAUUUCUGCGCUGCUCCGGGAAGCCUCCGCUCACUCCAGACACUAAAGAGUUUUAACCCCAAAAUCCAGCUUGCGCCGUGUGGCUGGACAGUGGGAGCGGCGAACAAAACCUUCGUCCGGUGGAAUCUUGCGUUGAACACACUCCAUCAGACUUGUGACCACGAGAAAUCGCUGGCGGUCUCCUUUUGAGUAUGAUUUUGGAAUACAGGACGGGACUUAUUUUUUACUUGUUUUGGAUACGAUAUUCUCAUGGGAUGCCUCAUGUUAUUCGAAUUGGUGGGAUCUUUGAGUUAGUGGAAGGUGGCUCUGUGGGAGCAGAAGAGCUGGCCUUCAAGUUUGCCGUUAAUAACAUCAACAGGAACAGGACCUUGCUCCCCAACACAACUCUGACAUACGACAUUCAAAGAAUAAACAUCUACGACAGUUUUGAGGCAUCUCGAAAAGCCUGUGAUCAGCUGUCCUUGGGAGUGGUGGCAAUAUUCGGGCCUUCUCAUAGUUCCUCAUCCAAUGCUGUUCAAUCUAUCUGCAAUGCACUGGAAGUACCUCACAUCCAGAUCCGAUGGAAGCAUCAUCCCAUGGACAACAGGGACUCCUUCUACACCAACUUUUAUCCUGACUAUUCCUCGCUGAGCUAUGCCAUUCUGGACCUGGUGCAGUUUCUAAAAUGGCGGACAGCAACAGUAGUUUAUGACGAUAGCACUGGUCUCAUACGUUUGCAAGAGUUGAUAACAGCUCCCUCCAGGUACAAUAUCCGGCUAAAGAUUCGCCAGCUUCCCAUUGACUCAAGCGAUGCCAGGCCUCUCUUAAAGGAGAUGAAGCGAGGCAGGGAGUUCCGCAUUAUAUUCGACUGCAGCUACACGAUGGCUGCUCAGAUCCUCAAACAAGCAAUGGCAAUGGGGAUGAUGACCGAAUAUUACCACUACAUUUUUACAACUUUGGAUCUUUUCGCCCUCGACUUAGAUUCCUAUCGCUACUGUGGGGUAAACAUGACAGGAUUUCGAAUUUUAAACACAGAAAACCUGCAUGUUGCUUCAAUCAUUGAAAAGUGGUCUAUGGAACGGCUCCAGGCACCUCCCAGUGCAGAUUCUGGCUUACUGGAUGGAAUUAUGACGACAGAUGCUGCUCUGACAUACGAUGCAGUUCAUAUUGUAUCAAUGUCCUAUCAACGAUCGCCUCAGAUGACCGUUAACUCUUUGCAGUGCCAUAGGCACAAGCCCUGGCGAUUUGGAAACCGUUUCAUGAACUUCAUAAAAGAGGCUCAAUGGGAAGGAUUAACAGGCCGAAUCACAUUUAACAAAACCACUGGACUGCGAACUGAUUUUGAUCUGGACAUUGUCAGCCUUAAGGAAGAUGGCCUAGAAAAGGUGGGAACCUGGGACCCAGUCAACGGCUUAAACAUCACCGAGGUAUCCAGAAGCAGAGGAUCUAACAUAACUGACUCACUGACCAACCGCUCACUGAUUGUGACAACAAUCCUGGAGGAACCAUAUGUCAUGUUUAAGAAGUCUGACAAACCACUCUCUGGUAAUGACCGGUUUGAAGGAUACUGCAUUGAUCUGCUGAAGGAAUUAUCCAAUAUCCUGGGCUUUGUUUAUGAUAUUCAGCUGACACAAGAUGGAAAAUAUGGAACUCCAGAUGAGAAGGGGCAGUGGAAUGGCAUGGUGAAAGAUCUCAUUGACCAUAAAGCUGACCUUGCUGUUGCUCCACUCACCAUCACCUAUGCCCGGGAGAAGGUCAUCGAUUUUUCUAAGCCUUUCAUGACGCUGGGGAUCAGUAUUUUGUACCGAAAAUCAAAUGGAACAAACGCGGGUGUCUUCUCCUUCCUCAAUCCCCUCUCGCCUGAUAUUUGGAUGUACAUCUUACUGGCAUACCUUGGUGUCAGUUGUGUGCUGUUUGUCAUAGCCAGGUUCAGCCCCUAUGAGUGGUAUGACGCCCAUCCAUGCAACCCUGGAUCUGAUAUUGUGGAAAACAACUUCACCCUGUUGAACAGCUUCUGGUUUGGUGUCGGAGCUCUCAUGCAACAAGGAUCUGAACUGAUGCCAAAAGCCCUUUCUACCAGGAUUAUUGGUGGAAUAUGGUGGUUUUUCACCCUCAUCAUCAUCUCAUCAUACACCGCAAACCUGGCUGCAUUCUUAACCGUUGAGCGAAUGGAAUCCCCCAUAGAGUCAGCCGAUGACCUAGCAAAACAAACAAAAAUAGAAUAUGGGGCAGUCAAAGAUGGAGCCACCAUGACUUUCUUCAAGAAAUCAAAGAUUUCCACUUUUGAAAAGAUGUGGGCUUUCAUGAGCAGCAGACAGCAAACGGCCCUCGUUAAGUCCAAUGAAGAAGGAAUCCAGCGAGUUCUUGCUGCCAAUUAUGCCUUUCUAAUGGAAUCUACUACCAUUGAAUACAUCACCCAGAGGAACUGCAAUCUGACCCAGAUAGGAGGUCACAUUGACUCGAAAGGCUACGGUAUCGGAACUCCCCUAGGCUCUCCAUAUAAAGAAAAGAUAACCAUUGCAGUCCUACAGCUUCAGGAGGAUGGCAAGCUGCACAUGAUCAAAGAGAAAUGGUGGCGCGGCAACGGCUGUCCUGAGGAAGAGAGCAAGGAGGCCAGCGCUCUUGGGAUCCAAAACAUCGGGGGCAUCUUCAUUGUGUUGGCAGCCGGGCUGGUGUUGUCCGUGUUUGUGGCAAUAGGAGAGUUUAUUUAUAAACUCCGAAAAACUGCAGAACGUGAACAGAGGUCCUUGUGCAGUGCCAUGGUCCAGGAGCUACGGUUAUCUCUCACGUGCCAGCGGAGGGUGAAACACAAACCUCAGGCACCAGUCAUGGUAAAGACCGAGGCAGUAAUCAACAUGCACACGUUCAAUGACCGACGACUGCCCGGCAAAGACAACAUGACCUGCAACACCGGGCUGACUCCGGUGUUCCCCUAGGAGACGUGGAAGCCUGUGCUGGGAGCAGAAUUGGCGCGCUCUGGCACUGGACGAGGACAGAGGCUGGAGCUUUGUUUCAGAGGCAGGGCCUGCCGGACAUUGAAAGUGUUUCGAAAGUGGCAAAAUCACACAGAGCAUGAACAAUGCGAUACGCAAUGCAUGGACAAAUCAAAAGAACACAUCACAAGGCUGCAGGUAGUGUUUCUGAAACUUGGACCAGGAUGAAAGGGGACAUCAAAGUCCAAAUGGUAAAUGUGUGGGGAAUUCAGUGCUGACCUGUUGGAAGGAAUGGACCCAAGAAUUGCAACAAUGCAAUUAUACCUUGAUGGAAACCUUCAGCUCGGCAAUAACAGCAUCCAUUCUUUUGGGUAUAGGUAUUGACUCGGACAGGAGGCAUCUGUGGAUAUUGAUUUCAAAUGUGCUGCACAUAAUAUGCUCAUUCAAGGGUGCAGAUAACCAUUUAACUCACAGCAUGGAAAGUUGCUGUCGUGUCUCGGCAGCUGUUACUCCUUUACCUAUUACCUCAGUGCUGUGCUUCCUUUUUGCCAUUGAAUGAGACUAACAGACAGAGCUGGAAGUGAAUGUUGCCUCCAGAAAACUGUGAGAAAUGGGGAGGGAGGGGAAAACAAAAAAAAAUCACAAUGGAAUGGACUAAACAGAUAUCACAGUGACAAGCAGCGUAUAAAAAUUGUAGUUGUUUUCAUAUUUUGUGUCCAGAUUUUUAUCCAAUUGUUUAAUUUGUGCUUGAUUAACAGAAAGAACACAUGACGGUCAUUUUAUCAAAUGAAGGUUUUGAAGGGAUUUGAGGUGUGAACAAAAUUUCAAUUCAGUAGAAGUUACCAAAGAACUAUCUGCUUACUAGAGGUAGUCUGUGGAAUAUCUGUUGCUUUUUUUUUAAAAGAGUGUUUAGGCUUUAUAUAUAUAAAAUCUGAACUUUUGGAGUUUCUGACUACUAAACCACAGGCGGCUUCUGGCUUUUUGUAGGUGUCAAUAUCUCGGGGCAUCCCAGUAGAUGGCUGGCUGGAGACUGACCUAUCGAAAGCAUGCACCCUUAGGACAGAGGUGUAACUGAAUAAAACAAUCCCCUAUGUGAUACCACUGGAGCCACAGAAAGCACGUCUUCUGUAGUUAGGUUCUGGCUUGCCUUCUACUGGGCCACAACAGGUCAGCAAAUGUUCAUUUAAAAGAUGCUUUUUGCCCCUCCUAUCUUUUUAUUCUCAGUGUUAAAUAGAAAAUGCUGUAACACCCCUCAUUCCAGAUUUUGAAAAUUUUGACAUUUGUAAAUGAUACCACUUUAAAUUCAACAUUACUAGAAACACAGAGUACACAAUCGUAAUCUUUUCAAUCUUCUUUGAAGCAAAGGCGUAAAAGAGAGGAAGACAAGCACUGAGGUAGACUAUUGAGAUGAGAAGCCUUUCUAAUGCUUUACGUUUGAGACAAGUUGAGUUAGUUGCCAUGAGAGUUGAUAUUAUUAAAAUCUUAAUCCCCUUAACGCCUGCUCUGAUUUAUUAUUAAUAAUAUUCAUCUUUAAAGAUCUCAUGAACUUAUACAAAUUGAGUCUAUUUUUACGUUUCAUUUUAAUAGUUGCUGACAGUCCUUUGGCAUUUGGUUCCCCUUGACACAAGCUGUAAAACUAAGAGACUCCCAGGUAUUUCCUGCUGUGUAUCAGUGUUGACCCAGUGUACUUUUAAAACUGUAGAGAACUCUGUGAAUCUUGUUAUAUAUUGAUAAUUUCAUGAAGAGGCCUAUAAUGAAGCAUUUCUUUGAACUUGCUUUAGUAGUAAUAAUUAAGAAAGUGAACUGGACAAGUUAAUGGAAGCUGAACAGUGUACCUAUGGUCUAUGCCAUGGUAACAAAUCUGAUGCAAUAUUAAGAAAUCAGGCUUCAUUCACUUCUCCCAAAGAUGAGAAAUGAAAGCCAGGAGGAGGCCAAAUGGUCUCUCCUUCAUUCUCCAUCAUUCAAUAAAAUUAUGGAGACACAGACACUGCAAAUGCUGGAAUGUGGGACAUCAAAAUGCUGGAGAAACACAGCAACAACUGAAGAGGGAAGGGAAUUUUUGACUUUUCAGUUGCGAUCAUUCUGAAACAUUGCUGAUCCCUCACUCCCUCGCAGAUGCUGUUCAACCCAUUGAGUUUCCCCAGCAGAUUGUUUGCUGGCUGAUCUUUCUUCUCUACACUUUUUCACAACAACCCUCGUUUCUUUGAUUCACAUAAUGUUUAAAUAUCUGUUGAUCUCAGCCAUGAAUAUACUCAUUCCAUGAUUGUUUGAGGAAACCACAAAGCCCAGACUUACUUUCUUGAAUGCUUGUUAUCUGAGGCACAUUGGAGAUACCACUGGUUUGCCACAGAUUAGAUGGGUUUGGGCAGAAGGUCAAGGCAGUUCGGUGCACUGCAGUAGUUAGCUGGCCGUUGGUUGAACCUGUGCCUUUCAGAAAUAGUGACGGAGAGCUCAGAUAUGUUAGCAAAUGAGCAACAUCUUUAGUUCACUGCCUCAUUCAAAAUGCAACAUUUAAAAAAAAUAAUGACUGAAACCUAAACUGACAGACGAUUCUGGGCAGGAUCAUCCCAAAGCAGAUCCCCGUGUUAUUUUCCCUCAAUCAAAAGAGGAAAGUGGGUUCAGUUAACUUUAACUGCCAUCAGGGUGCUCAGUAAUACCAGUGCCUGUCUGACGUUGGCCGGCGAUGAAUUUGAAGACACACAUUCUGGACGGGAGCUUCUUCCCCUCCUCUAUCAGAUUUCUGAAUAGGCAGUGAAAAAAUACAUGAGCAUUACUUCUUUAGCUCUCCUUUUGCACUACUUAAUUAAUUUAAUAUUUUAUAUAUAUUACUUAUUAUGAUUUAUAGUUUUUAUGUAUUGCACUGUAUUGCUGCUGUAAAACAACAAAUUUCAACAUAUUUGUUCAUGGUACUGAACCUGAUUCUCAUCCUGAUUCUGAAGCUCUGUGAGGAUGUUGUGAUUCUCUUGAUCAGAACACUUUUUUUGUAAUUUGAUUUGAAGGCCAAAUUGGGCUGUAAUGGGUGUGCAUAUCCCAUUAGACUGGUGAGUAAAGGAUGGGUCCAUUAAUUUCUAAAGGAUCUCUUAUACACUACGGCAGGACUGUGCGCAUGGAGUUGAUUAUUAGUAUUCAUUCACAGCUUGAAGGUUGUUAAAGUUGGAAUGUAAUACAUCUCCUGCAAGUAUUUUAAAUGGCUUCUCUGAUUGAUGUGCAGCUUGUACAAGUUCCCCUGCCAUUCAGCGCAUAUUCUCUCUCUCAUGCAUGUGCAUGUCUAUAUCCACAGACUCUCAGGACAUCCAUUUAAUUCCAAUAAGAAAUCAUUGAUGGUAUCAGUGGAUCUUUCAGCCUAUCAAAUCAAUCAUUUGGCUAUGACAAAAACAAAAUAAAUCACAUCUUCCUUUUUACCCCUUUCAAAUUUCCUUGUUUGCAUUUUCUGCAAAUUAUAUUUGAAUCCUAUUCAUAUUGAUUGUGAAGCACUGCAGUGAUCCCAAGUUCUGUGUUCUCAUUUAUGGUCUCUUCUUCCUAAUAUACAAGGGGUUAAAUUAUGAAGACACGUAGUCCCCCUUUAUUGUCAUUUAGUAAUGAAUGCAUUAAGAAAUGAUACAUUAUUUCCUCCGGUGUAAUAUCACAAAAACACAGGACAAACCAAGACUGAAAAAAACUGACAGAACCGCAUAAUUAUACAUAUAGUUACAACAGUGCACAAUACCAUCACUUGAUGAAGAAAGUCCGUGAGCACAGGAAAGUUCAAAGUUUCUCAAAUGUCCCACAUCUCACGCAGACGGGAGAGGGAAGAAAAGCUCUCCCUGCCAUGCCGACCACAAUCCGACUGAGUCAUCCGAAAACUUUGAGCUCUGAUCAGCUCUCCAACACCGAGUACUGAGCGCCAUCUCUGUCUGAGCGAUUCGACCUCUUUCUCGGUCGCCAAAAGCGGGCAAGGCCGGGGAUUUUGAGGCCUACCCUCCAAAAGGUUCCCAACCACACAGUAACGACAGCAGCAAACGGGCGAUUCAGAAAUUUCUCCAGAUGUUCCUCUGUGGUUUCACGUCCAUUCUCCAUCAAAUCAGAAUUGUCUACGGCCCCUAUUUAACAGAUACAAUAUAAUUUUCACCGGAGAGCUGUGCACGCGCGGCGCGCUGCCAUCUUCUCCUCCCACCGGGUAGGUUACCCUUGGCAAGCAAUUCUAUCAGUCUCAGAAUAAGUCAUAUUUUCAAGUGGUAGUUACAGGGAGUUUAAAAAAGUACCAAUGUAUCAAGAAAGUUGCACUGAUAACUAAAAUAUAAAGAAAAUACUGGUCAUAAUCUAAGAUUACUGAGUUCCUUAUUCCUGCCAAACCACUCAGUCCCAGUACCUUUUCAGAGGCUCUUCGGUUACCCCAAUCUGAACAUCCAGGUUUAAAACAUAAAUACUCUCGUGUACUUUAAGGUUCAAACCUUGCUGGAGAUAAUGCCAGACAACAUUCAGAGUCCAGUAGAUAGCUCCAGGAGCAAAUGAACCAGAAAUCUCUCAACUCAUUUCUCCAUUUGAUGUUUGCAGACAGUAUAGAAAGGAAAGCUAAUCUGAAUGGGAGAUACAGCAGAGGCAUUUUAGACAUGAAACCAAUUCAUGAAAAUUGUUCUCUACAUUUAAAGAUGUGUGGUAUUAUUUUACCUUGAGUUAGUAUUUAAUGUUAGUAAAUGAGUCUAACAAGAAUGUGCCUUCUUAGUUUGUUGCAUGUUACAUACUAAGGAAAAUGUUGCACUAACUCCAAACUGACUCUGUAGUCAUAGCCACAACCACCAUGGCCCAAACCCCAACAAUGGCAUCACCCCACCUCCCAACCAAACACUUGCAAACUUUCACAAUGUUCUCAUAUACAAAACAUAGCAUGUAUAUACAGCUGGUUGUUCAACCACAGCAGCAAAAUCAUCCACAAAGAUCCCAUUAACACACUCCAUUUUUUCUUGCAAGUGAAGAGUAUGCAUAGUCAUUACCAGCCUCAGUAAUGUGCAUGGCUCCUGCAGCUUCCAUCUUUAAAGACAGAAUCUUGGCUGAUAUAAGGCCAGCUGUCAGAGAGACAAAGAAUAUGAUGUGGAGAUCACUGUAGCUUAUAGAAGACACUCACCUUCCACUCCCUCAUCAUUGCACAGUCAUUUACAAACAGGAAACAUUGUAAGCAAACAUGCCUAAUUUGUCCUCAACCCCUUGCCAAGUCCCUUCCCCUGUAUCUUUCUUCUUUCAGCGAGCCAAGGCUCCUCUCUGGUCAUCCGGUGGCAAUCGAGCAUCAAGACAAUAAUGAAGAAGGUCAAUAUCACACGAGCUAGCACUCCAGGUUAACACCUCAGAUGCUGGUACUGUAGGUGCACAAGCAGCGGAGGCUAACUCAGUGAAUAUAUUGAAGACAAGGUUGGAUAGGUUUCUGCAUAGAAGGGGAAUUAAGGGUAAUGGGGAAAAGGCAGGUAGGUGGAGAUGAGUCCAUGGCGGGGCAGGCUUGAUGGGCCAGAUGGCCUACUCCUGCUCCUAUUUCUUAUGUUCUUAUGUAACCAGGUUAAGAAUCAGAGUAUUAUCUCUGAUACAGUAUAUGUCAUGAAAUUUGUUGUUUUUUUUCUGGCAGCAGUACAGUUCUGAACUGUACCUGUUUUUAAAUUGUAAUAAAUAGUGCAGAAGAAGAACAGUGAGCUGGUGCUCUUCGGUUCGACACCCUGCAGAAAUCUGAUAGCAGAGUGGACGAAGCUGUUCCUAAAAAGUUGAGUGUGGACCUUGAAGCUCUUUUACCACCUCCCUGAUGGUAAUAAUGAGAAGAGGUCAUGUCUUCGAUGGAGAGGGUCCUUAAGAAGACCAUCAGAAGCUGGAGUAGAAUGAGGCCAUUCAUCUAUAGAGAUUGCAGUCAUGGCUAAUUUAUUAUUCCCUCUCCUCCCCAUUCUUUUGUCAUUUCCCGAUAACCAUUGAUGACGAAUGCUGCCUUCUUGAAGAACUGCCUUUUGAAGAUGCCCUCAAUGGGGGUGUGGGGGGCUUAUGCCCGUGUUGAAGCUGGCUGGGUCUCUUGUGGUGAGGUGUGGGUAACGAGUAGUACAGGAGCCAGCACACCAAAUGGUGGUGGCACAAGUGAAUUCAGCUCCUAAGUGUUCUCAUUGAAUAUAGAAGUCUGCUGGCUACUUUUAUGUCGAUAAUGAUCUUAAAGAUAGAGGGUAAGAAGAAGUUGUUCUUUAGAAUGUUAAGGGGAAUGUUACAAUCUGUUUUAUUGAAAGUGGUCAAGCCUCAUAUUCAUUUGAUGCUUUUCUGGUAUUGUUGUUGUCACCUACCAGCCAUUUGCCUCAACGUUGUUGAUGUCUACCGUAUGGUUUUGCUACAAAUAGAUCUGCUUCAGUGGUUUCGUUUUGGGCUAUUUCUGAUGACAACACAACGCUACAUUUCUUUCCCUGAAUUUACUACAAGAAGUAGGCUUCUUAAAUUACUUCUCCAUCUUCUACUGCUCCCACUUCGCCCUCUCUUCAGCGACAGAUGAGCCGAGCCUCCAUAAUGUCAGCAUAGUGGCUGGGAGAUCCAUUCAGUUCAGCCAUUGGAAGCAUUGCUUAAAGAAUGUGAUUAUUACUUUAUGGCAUUUAAUAGUUUGGGACAUUACUCUCUCGCACGCAGUCUUUAGACAGUUAUGAGGAGUUGGAGGUUGAAUGGAUCCCCUUUCAUCAGGGGAGCAAUACUCAGUUUGACUUGGCAGCCAUUGCUGCCCCACAGUUGUAGGGAGUUCACCAUCAUUAUCUGGUAGCCACUGUCACUGAUGUGCUGGGCACUCAGUAUGAUACUUUCCUCACAGGUUAUAGGGCAGUAUCCUCAGGGCAAUAAAGAGGCCCUCAACACAGUGGACAUCUGCGCCAGUGAGAACCCCAUGAAAGGUAUAUCUCAGAUUAAAAAUGCUUUGUGCUGUCUCCCAAAGGAGGAGUCUGCUUGAGAAGUGACCAUGUGACUAUGGUGACAGCACACAGCACAAGGUGAGUGGUUGGAAAAGCAGGGAGAGGGGCGAAGGAUUUUAAGUUCUAUCUGACAUUCAAUUUCAAGGUGAUUUGGACCCUGCUGUAUAUAUGAAGUAUGUGGCAUAUCCCUGUGAGAACAUCUCCUAAAUAACUACUCCACUGUCAAAUUAAUGUGAAAAUGCUGCCUGUAAAUCUGUGUGGACAGUGAAUCUGCAAACACAGUCGUUCGUCCACUUCUCCAUCAUCAAGCUCUGUGACCGCUUCCCUGCUCUGUCGUGUUAUAUUGAAGACUCCGAUGUACAGUUACCAAAGCCCCAUACCUGACUGGAACUUGAUUGUAUUAGCAUAAAAUUCUACCUUAAAAUCACAGCACUCUCUAAUGACCUCUGAAAUUCAACUCUACACAGCAAUGAAGUACCAAGAAUAUGCACAUCCAACUCUCCUCCCAUCCAGUUUCCAGAGUCUUCAGUGAUUACUUUGGUGAAAGGGCAAGGUUUCUUCCUUCUGAUAGUCACUGUGUUCUCCACAUGAGGAUGUAGAGUUUUAGCUGGAUCAUCACUGGUCUUAAGUUUGAAUUACAAAAAAAAGAUUGCUACCACACUCUGUUCACUCCAUAUUUUCCUAGUGGAGGGGCAGAUAGUGUUGAGGAAACAGGUAGGAUGCAGAAGGACUUAGAUAGAUUAGGAAAAUGGGCAAGGAAGUGGAAAAUGAAAUACAAUGUUGGAAAAUGCAUGGUCAUGCACUUUGGUAGUACAAAUAAAUCUGCGGAUUAUUUUCUAAACGGGGGGAAAUCCAAAAAGCUGAGAUGCAAAUGGACUUGGGAGUCCUGGUGCAGAACACCUUGAAGGUUAACUUGCAGGUUGAGUUGGUUAUGAAGAAGGCAAAUGCCAUGUUAGUAUUAAUUUCAAGAGGUCUGAAUACGAGAGCAAGGAUGUGAUGCUGAGGCUUUACAAGACACUGGUGAGGCUUCACCUUGAGUAUUGUGAACAGUUUCAAGCUCUUCAUCUUAGAAAAGAUGGGCUAGCGUUGGAGACGGUCCAGACGAGGUACACAAGGAUAAUUCCAGGAAUGAAAGGGUUAUCAUACGAGGAACGUUUCAUGGCUUUGAGUCCGUACACGCUGGAAUUCAGAAGGAUGAGGGUGGAUCUCAUUGAAACCUUUUGAAUGUUGAAAGGUCUAGACAGAGUAGAUGUGAAAAGGAUGUUUCCCAUGGUGGGAGAGUCUAGGAUAAGAGGGCACAGCCUCAGGAUAGAGGGGUGCCCUUCCAAAACAGAGAUGCAGAAAAAUUUCUUUAGACGAAUGGUGGUGAAUUUGUAGAAUUUAUUGCCACAUGCAGCUGUGGAGGCCAGGUCGUUGGGUGUAUUUAAGGCAGAGAUUGAUAGAUUCUUGAUUGGACAUGGCAUCAAAGGUUACGGGGAGAAGGCCGGGAAAUGGGGUUAAGGAAGUGAAAGAAAGGUCAGCUAUGAUUGAAUGGCAGAGCAGACUCGAUGGGCCAAAUGGCCUAAUUCUGCUCCUAUGUCUUAUGGUCUAGUGUGUGAGAAUGAUGCACACACCACUGAGCUAAUAGAUAGAGUCAAUGUGGAGAGGAUGUUUCGUGUAGUACGGGAGACUUGGACCAGACGGCACAGCCUCAGAAUACGAGGAUAUCCUUUUAGAACAGAAAUAAGGAGCAGUAUCUCCACAAACAACUGUGGAAGUCAACUCAUUGGGUAUAUUUAAAGCAGAGGUUGAUUGUUUCUUGAUUAGUAAGGACAUCAGAGGAAGAAGGCAGCAGAAUAGGGUUAAGGGCGAUAAUAGAUCAGCCAUGAUGGAAUGGUGGAGCAGACUCAAUGGGCCAGAUUCUGCUCUUAUGCUGUCAUGGUUUAAUCAGCAUUGCUGGCUACAUGGGUCAUGCAAUGGAUGUGCCUGUGGUUCACGUAAAAAAAUGGAAGUAAGUCAGCACUUAGAACACUGAAACAAUUAAUGAUACAAGUCUUUAUUAUGAGAAGUAAAAUAUGAGAAUAAAUUAAUAUACAUGCCUUCAGCAUCCUUCUGCCUUUAUUUAGACAAUCAAAUAACACAUUUUCUAACAUAAUUUGUCUGGCUCUCAUCUGAGAGCCUACACAAAACUGCUUAAACGACACAAAAAUUGGCAAUUUCUACCCUGGCCAUUCCUCACUAGAGCCUGGACAAUGUGCUCAUUGGGACCACGUGGUUCAAUAUUCACAGCAUGUUGUGUGAAAUGUGCUUAGUUUCUUUCAACUGGCAAUUGUGCCCAGAGCAAAAUCUCACCAUGAAUUCCAUAACAUAACAAAAUUCCUCUUUCUUCUCACAGAAUCUGGAAGGAAGAUUCUUUAGGAAAGAGAGUGUCUGCUUUUUUUUUUGCACAAGUAACUUGGAUGCAGAAGUUUUAAACACAACCUUACCAGGUUAAGAAUUUUUUGAGCGCAGAAGCUUCUGCAGGUGAUAGAAAUCAAAACCAACACAGAUGAAAUGCUGGAGGAACUCAACAGGUCAGGCAGCAUCUAUGGAGAAGAAUAAACAGUUGACAUUUUGGGCUGAGAACCAUCAUCAAGACCCUUCAUAGAUGCUGCCUGACCUGCUGAGUUUCUCCAUCAUUUUGUGUGUGUUAAGAGUUUUUGAUACCGGCUGUCUGAGUUGAAAGAUGAGCUGUCAGUCUGGGUCCACUAUUUCUAUUAAAAUAAAUCUUUCUCUGAGAUAUGGUUGGUAUAUAUUUUGAAGAAUACAUUCACUGAACACAAUCAUCCGAAAGUGAGAAGUUUCCUUUUUCAGUUGUGUCAAAUAAUCUAUCUGUGUCACCCAAAAAAGACCUUGAAUAUUCCCUGAACUUGAAAUCCAUUUAGAAUUAUAAUGUAAUUUACAGCUAUGCGAAUUUCAGUGAAAUCAAUCAAAAGACUGCAGAUGUGUCAAAUGAUUAGAUUUUGUCACUGUAGUAACAGGCAGGAAAUUCUUACUGGCUUUACAUGCCUGGAUGAAAAGUCUGUUUGCAGUCAUUGUUCAAUGGGAUUGGUAUAGGCCAGAGUUGUACCUUGUCUACAUUAAAUUUAAUAACAUUAUCAUAAGUGUGGGUCCCAGAAAUCUAGAAAAAAAAGUAUUAACAUGCAGACACUUCAUUGCUCAGCCAGUAAAUACACUACGUCUAUUUAUCUGCACAAACGAGAGAAUGUAACUUUAUGCAUUAUUGGGUGUUGACAAAAUCAUAAUCAGUUUUGUUAUCACUAACAUAGCUAAUUAUUUGUUUUUGUUUAGUGUAAGACAUAAAAUUACUAUAAGUUGCAAUCAAUAGAUAGAUAAUGCAAAAGAACAUUAGCAAAAAGUGUUCAUGAACCAUAGACAAAUCUAACCAUGAGGGGAAGAAGCUUCAUAAGAUUUUGUGUGUGUCUGCAGGCUGCUCCACCUCCUCCCAAAUAGCAACAAUGAGAAGACGGCACGUUCCACAUGCUUAACGCCCAAGUUGGUUCUAUCUUACAUUGAUUCUAUUAUUAUUCCAUUAUGGAUUUGUUGAGAAUGCCCACAGGUACAUGAAUCUCAGGGUUGUAUAUGGUGAGAUCUAUGUACUUUGAUAAAAAAUUUACUUUGAACUUUGAGGCAGAGACUUUUGCCCGUGGUGGCUAAGACAAGCCUUGGCAGACUACUAAGCUCACAGUUAAGGAACAUACAUUACUGCUUAUACUUCUGGCAUUUGCCAUCAUCAGUGCCAAAUAUUGUUUUACUGAAAAUUUAUGCUUAUCAGUGUGAGAUGUGUAAGUGCUAAAACCAUAAGAUCAUAAGACAUAGGAGCAGAAUUAGGCCAUCUGGCCCAUCGAGUCUGCUCCGCCAUUCAAUCAUGGCUGAUCCUUUUUUUUUCUCCUCCUCAACCCCAGUUCCCGGCCUUCUUCCCAUAACCUUUGAUACCAUGUCCAUUCAAGAAUCUAUCAAUUUCCACCUUAAAUGCAUCCAACCACCUGGCCUCCACAGCUGCACGUGGCAAUAAAUUCCACAAGAUCACCACCCUUUGGCUAAAGAAAUUUCUCCACAUCUCUGUUUUGAAUGGGUGCCCCUCUAUCCUGAGGCUGUGCCCUCCUGUCCUAGGCUCUCCCACCAUGAGAAACAUCCUUUCCACAUCAACUCUGUCUAGGCCUUUCAGCAUUCAAAAGGUUUCAAUGAGAUCCCACCCAAUCCUUCUGAAUUCCAGCAAGUACAGACCCAGAGCCAUCAAACGUUCAUUGUAUGAUAACCCUUUCGCUCCUGGAGUCAUCCUUGAGAACCUGCUCUGAACCCUCUCCACUGCCAGAACAUUAUUUCUAAGGAGCGUAACACUUUCCAUCUCAAGUACUUAAUAAACUGCCAAGUAACGACAGCGUCCAGUAUAAUUAGAUGCAAAAAAGACUUCCCUCCCUCUUCUCUGACACAAAAUACCUUUUGCUCCAAACCCAGCCACAUUUCUGUGAUUGUCUGCCAGUGAAAUCUCUCUCAUUCUCACCUUAGCAAAUCUGUUGCUCUUUGACUGAAAUAAACAAAUUAAGGGAAAGUUUGAUCUGUCAGUUUUGAAAAUUAAAUUUAGGUUAAGACUCCUCAAACAUCACAUGGAAGAUUUUAGCAAUAGGUUAGAAUAGUGAUGUGACUCGGAAGAUUCCACUAGCACUUGGGAAGUUUGUGAAUAGAUUUCUGUAUAGAUUAAACUAAACAAAUUCUUUAAACUUUCGUUUGCCUGACUAUGGCAGUGUGAAAAAGGAAACUUAAUACUGUUGUCAAAUCGGUAUCUGGAUUACAACUGCAACCUGAGUCAUAUCUGCAGGGAUGAUCUAACAUCUGACACAAUCUGAUUAUUGAAUGUCACUCAAUGAUUGGAUUGUGCCAAACAAAACAUAAACCCUAAUAUGAUAAACUUAAUUAUAAAAUAAUGGUGCAACUUCUAGACUGGCUUUUAAUGUCACAGUCAGCAUUGUUCAAGAAUAAUUAUAAAGCAACUACAACGCUUUGAAAAGAAUGAUUGAUUUUAAAACAGAAAUAUUUAUUUGUCAGCCACUUGAACAAUUGCACCCUCCAGUCAAAAGAAACCAAAUGUAACCACUCAUUUUUCUGACACUCCAUAAAUACUUUUUGGUUCCUUUUCAUCCAUUUUAUUCUUUCUGUUUAUUCUGUGCUCCAAAGUGCACUUAAUCUCAGAGUGCAGUAAAACAAAACACUGAAUUGCUAUUAAAAAGCCAUGUCCUUAAAAUUAGUGCUUAAACUGAAUGCCACACAUUGUACAAUUACAUGCAACACUAUAAUUUAGAUUAAGAAUAUUAUCCACACAAAGCCAUUCCCAUUUACUGUAAUGUAGCAGUUAGAUAUUAAUGGUGACAUCAAAUCUCAUUUACAAUCACUUUUCAAGACCAAAAUUCAACUAAUGUUCAUUUGAACAGAUUAAUUUCCUACCGGUGCCCCCAACAACCAGAAGUCUCUCACAAGUAUUUGUUUUCAGAGGAGAGAAGUAUAUGUGACCUCGAUGAUUUUCACAAUGAAGGGUAUUGGUACAGAUAAAGGAUUGAGUUUUUCCCUCGGUACCCACCACACCAGCAAAUAUUAGUUUAAAUUUCACCAGUCGCAAGUCAUGGAUAAUAUGGCAGUGCACAAUAAAUCUUCCUUUCCUUUGGCUGAAUCUCACUCAGAGGAACUCCUGCUGCAUUGGUGCAGUGUUUACAUUUUUCAGGCCAGCUUUCCUUGUAGCCUUUCGAUUGAAGGUCAUGUGGGGCAGUACAGUAACCUAGUGGUUAACACAACACUUUACAGUACAGGCAACCGGGGUACAACUCCCACUACCGCAAACUGUUUGGAGUUUGUACGUCCUUCCCGUAACUAUGUGGGCUUCCCUCGGGUGCUCCCUUUUCCUCCCACAGUCCAAAGACAUACCAGAUGGGAGGUUAAUUGGUCAUUGUAAAUUGUCCAGUGAUCAGGCACGGGUUAAAUUGGGGUUUGCUGGGCAGCAUGGCCAGAAGGGCCUAUUCCGUGCUGUAUCUUAAUUAAUAAAAAAUGCAUAAAACCAAUUAUCAUUCAAGUGUGUAGAAUCUCAAACUGUGGGCCCACUACACCCAGAAGUCUUCAGUACUUUUAAUGAGUUAACAUUACUGAAGCAAAACUAAGAUAUUAUUUUUCUCACUAUACUAGUAAUAUUCAGAUGGGGCUUUCAACAUCCAUUUGAAUCAGAUCAGUCUCUUUCAUUUUGUGACACAGUGUAUGUCAAUACUGAUAUAUAACUCCAUUGCUCUUCAAGGAUACCUUAGAGUGUAGCAUUUACGAGGGAAAUAAAUGGUAAGAACAAGGCUCUUGCCUAACUUAUUCAUUACUUUCUACUUUAACUAAUCUGAGACGCGAAAAUCCUAUUUUACAAUUUUUCCCCUGGAAAAGAGAAAAUCAGAUUUCAGAAAAAAAGCUACAUAUCUUACAAGGGAAAGCAAAAUCUCAAGUAUGUAAUGAGAGGGAUGGGGGAAAAUUCCUUUUAAUUCCAUGCAAUGCUCUCUAAGGAUUUUAAUAUUUAAUUUUAUAUGUAAUGAAGUCUUAACUCAUUUAUAAUGAAAAGGUUGUCUCUCUAUAGAUCGGGAAAAGGGAUGGGAGCGAAUGCACCAGAAUAAAUACCAGAGCUUGUUGAUUAAUCAUUAAUUGAAGAAUUGUCAGUUGAAUUUCAGCUAGAGAUCAGAUGUACCGUAUUGAUUAAUGGUUAUGUUGGAGACUGAUGCUGCAUUGAUAUUUAACAUGUUUACUAACCAGGUCAAUGCCACUGCAUUCACAAAGAAUAGAAGAGGGUAUAACUUAUUGCACUGACACAUUCCUUUCUGUGUCCAAUAUAGGCUUACCUGAAAUAGAACACAAAUCUUUGCUGGAGAGAUCAAAUGUUUUACAUCAAUUGCUCUCUUCACAUCCAUACACAAAGCUGAGUUACACUCAUACAGAAAGGUUUCCAGUGGAGACCAGGAAAAUCUAGAAAUCAAAUAUGACCGAUUGAUGGCACUCUUGAACAUUUUCUGAUUAUCAGUUAUAAGAGCAGAAGUCAGAGAGAAAUCUCCAGCCAGCAUUUUGAAUAAUGCAUAGUGUAAAGUCGGGCAGAGGGAGGUAAGAACUCCUACAAAGCAUAUAACAAUUAAUUAGUUUGCAAAUGUAUUUAAUGAAUAAAGAAAAAAUACUUCUGAUGUGUUAAUUCUUUUGAAGUUAAUGAAAGGGACCCCUAGAAAAGUACACAAGACCUAUGAAAUAAAAAUCCUGCGCAUUAUUUUAAUUUAAAGCUGAGCAAGAAGGCAAAGAGACUUAGGAACCAGAUGAUAAAAGGCAAGUUGUCAGAAUUCACAUCUUCACAUGAAGGCAAAAUAUCAUGAAUAUAUUCAAGAGACAGAAUGGUACUCUGAUGGAGGGAAGGACUGUGAAUUUGUGUUAAAAUUUAUGAUCCUUGUUUCACUUACUGGAUCUAUAAAAAGUAUUUUGUUUAAUGAAAGUUCUUUCUGACAAUCACAGCAUGAGGUUUUUCUUUGUAAAAUACCUUUUCCUUUUGCACAUUUGCUGAACACAUUUCUCUGUGACAGUCUAUGUGCCAGUCAGGUUUCUUUCUGUGGACAUGCAGGCAAGUUGUUGUAUAAGUUUUGUACAAUAUUUACUCCAUAGUUAACUUGGGUGCAAAGUAUUAGCUGCUGUUCACUAUAAAAGGAGAUGUGUAGGUUCCAAUGUUGAAAUUCACGAUUUUAGUAAGUUUGCCAUCUGAAUCUCUAAUUUUAAAAGUCUUUUUUAAAAAUAAAAAAAAUCAUUUUUCUGGCAAAGUUUGUGUGCUUGUUGAACUAUUUUGUAGAAGGACUGUAUCUUUGUUUAUAUGGUAAUGAAAUCCUUCCAGUUUGCAGCUUGGGUCAGUCUCAGGUAAGUCUGCAUCUAUCCAAAAUGUUCACAAUCUGUUGUGUUUGCAGCAUCCAGUACGAAUAUCUUCCUUCAGGUCUUUCCUUUGUUUAUGAGAAAAUACCUGUUAUCCACUUAUCUUCAAUAGCUCCUAAAAAAUGUGGGAACGAAAAGAAUGUCAGUUUGGCACUGACAACUUUCAGGCAACUACGGGACCUGGAACCAUUUGCAAUGGUUGA